AUGUCGAUAUCGAGAAUGAGAGAACAGAUACUGGGAACAAUCAACGUAAUCAAAAUCAGUAUUUCAAAAUUUGGCGUAAAACAGAAAACUCUCAAUGCAAAACCAAAAUUGAAAGUGUGGAACUCAGAAAUAUCAGAAGCACUUAAGAAGUUGCGACAAGCAUAUAAAUACUGGAGUCUGAGUGAUCGACCAAGAAAUCCGGAUCACCCAUUAUUAGUUGAAUUAAAAACAAAAAAGAAACAGUUCCGUACUAAAUGUCGACGCGAGCAGGCGCGUAGACGUAGAAAUGAUAUUGAAAAUAUUCACUCUACAAGAUCUAAAGACCUUAAACUUUUCUAUAAAUUAGUGAAUAAACAGAGGCAAACAAAAUAUGCAGUUUCAGAAGAACUUUGUGUUAACGGUGUGAGAUAUCAUGGUCCUGAAAGUGUCAUUGAAGGCUUUAAAGAACAUUUUGAGCACUUAGCCAAAGUAAACAAUAAUCAAACCUUUGAUGAAAAUUAUAACAGUAUGGUAAAUUUAGAAGUCCAGAAUAUAAAAACUAGGGUUAAUGAAUCUGAAAUUAAAUUCGUUAGUAUGGAGGAACUACAAGCAGCUAUGAAAUCUGUAAAUAGAGGAAAGUCGCCUGAUUAUUAUGGGCUCACAAUUGAAAGUAUUCUAUAUGGAGGUAUCUCAUUGCACAUUCAGAUUCUUAAAAUAGUUAACGCAAUAUUUGAAUCUGGAGUUAUUCCAGACGUACUUAAGUUAGGACUGCCGACUCCUGUGUUUAAAAAUAAAGGUAAUAAAACAGAAGCUAGUAACUUCAGAGGAAUAACUGUUUUGCCUGUAAUUGUAAAAUUAAUGGAAAUAGUUAUUAAAAAUAGAGUCGCACCGGUAAUGGAACUCCAUCAGAAUCCGUACCAACGUGGGUUCACUACAAACACAUCCCCUCUCAUUGCAGCACUUAUUGUCGAGGAAAUAUCCAGGGACAGUAAGGAUUAA